AUGACAGGAUGUUGUCUGAUUGCCACAAGGAGGAUCGUGCGACCGCCAAAGAAAGGCUCUGCUGUUCAGCGACCCCGAACCCGCACUUUGACCGCUGUCCAUGAUGCCAUGCUGGAGGAUGUUGUGUAUCCUGCAGAGAUUGUUGGCAAACGGGCCAGAUAUAGAAUUGAUGGCUCAAAAAUAAUGAAGGUUUUCUUGGACCCCAAGGAGCGCAACAACACUGAGUACAAGCUGGAGACCUUUUCUGGAGUUUACAGGAAGCUUACUGGAAAAGAUGUAGUAUUUGAGUAUCCAAUCUCAGAAGCCUGAGAUGCUGCUGCUUGUUUAAUGGAG